UUUGAUAUAUUAUUUUACAAGUCCUAUCCUAUAAAUUCUUCUUCAAUUUUGACCUACAUCUUUGCUAUACACUAAGAAAUAAAAAAUAAAAAAUAAACAUUUUAUCUAAAAAAAGAAAAUAUUUUAUCAUAAUUAAAUGAAGAAAGUAUUUUACUAACCGAAAUUCGGUUUGUAUCGAUUUAAAGACUCAAAGGGUAUGUGAGUGGGCCCCACCCAUGUGCUCUCUAUUGGUCCGAAGUCGGUUUCAAAAAAAGGCUAUAAAAUAAAAAUUGGGUGAGUUCCAUUAAAUAAUGUAACGAGGUACACCCGAAAAAUUUCCUAAUUUCAUUUGGCGCCAACCCACCUCAAAAAGCACUAGCAGAAACCUCCAAAGUCCAAAUUGCAAUUCCCUCGUUAAAAUUCAUUUUCUCUCCAACAAUUUUCAAAUUCAUGAUUUGCCGCCACAACCCAUCUGAGAACUAACAUUCCGACGGAUAAAAAAGGAACACAUUUGCCCCCAAAGCUCACCUUCAGUUUGAGAGUUUGUGCGAGUUCGGUCUCCGCGUUUCCAACUAAAGGAAUUACAGCAGACACAAUUCACAGUAAUGGCGGUCGCUUCAAGCUCUGCUUCCAAACAAAUCGCAUCUGAAAGGAAGGAAAGGAUAAAGAAGAAGAAGGGUGAGAAGGGAAAGAAGUCCAAUCAACAAUCUGGUAGUGUUCGUUCUUCUCCUGCUAAGCGCACCAAGAGUCCGGGGGUUCGUGUCAUCGGGGGCCGAAUUUAUGAUUCUCAGAAUGGAACGACUUGUCAUCAGUGUCGCCAAAAAACCAUGGAUUUCUCAGCUGGCUGCAGGAAUCAAAAAAAGAAGAAGUCAUGCCCUAUUAAAUUUUGUCACAAGUGCCUCUUGAACAGAUACGGAGAGAAGGCAGAAGAAAUGUCCUUGUUGGAGGACUGGAAAUGCCCCAAGUGCAGAGGCAUCUGCAAUUGCAGUUUAUGCAUGAAGAAACGGGGUCAUCAACCCACUGGUAUACUUGUGCACACAGCCAAGGCAACUGGGUUUUCCUCUGUUUCAGAUAUGCUGGAUACUAAGGGUCCUGAAAAUUUUGGUCUCAACAAAAUGGCCAAAGACAUAGGUACUUCACCGAAAAAGCUGGCUGCUUCAAAGAAGGAGGCUGAAGUUGCUUCGCCUAGAAAGAGGGGGAAGGAAAACAUUUUUGAUGGAAGUGGUGAUUUGAACUUCCAUCCCAUGCCUUCGGCGCUGAACCCUGAUGAAAAGAAACCCAAGAAAAUGAAGCUGGAAAGGUUGAAAAAGUUGCAAGAUGACAAUAGGGAUGAUGGGAUUUUGUUGAAGGAUACUAGUCCUAAGAAGCCUCAAAUUUCUGCUAGAGCUUCCAAGAAAGAGGUGAAAACUAAUGGAAAGGUUGAUGGUGUUACACGAGAUAAAAAUAGUUCCGAUGACAAUAGGGAUGAUAGGAUUUUGUUGAAGGAGACUAGUCCUAAGAAGCCUCAAUUUUCUACUAGGAUUUCCAAGAAAGGGGUGAAAACGAAUGGAAAGGUUGAUGGUGUUGUACGAGAUAAAAAUAAUUCUGAUGACAAUAGGGAUGGUGGGAUUUUGUUGAAGGAGACUAGUCCUAAGAAGCCUCAAAUUUCUACUAGAAUUUCCAAGAAAGAGGUGAAAAUGAAUGGAAAGGUUGAUGGUGUUCUACGGGAUAAAAGUAAUUCUAAGAAGUUAUUAAAAGAAGUUCCUUCUGAACAUGGUACAAAUCAGAAGAGAAAAGAAAGGGAUAGUUCAACACAUAAAGAUGUGGAAGUGUUAGAUAGCAGGAAAAUUGGUAAUGAUGAAGGCAAGCCCAAGACAGUUGUAAAGUCUUGCAAAGUUGAGAGGAAUGCUAUGAAGUACCAGAGUACUGACCUUGAUUCUGAAAUCUCAUUGCCCCAGGGCAUUGAGUUGACAACUGUAGCUGGCAUUGACUUACAGCCAGAAGACAUUGGUCAUGCUUUGCAAUUCUUAGAGUUCUGUGCUGCUUUUGCUGAGAUUCUUGAUCUGAAGAAAGGGCUGCCUGAAUCUGUUCUUAAAGAACUAAGACGUGGACGAAGUGGACAACGAGGAAAAUAUUCAGUAGUAUUUCAGUUUCAUAUCCAGUUGCUUUCUUUUAUACAAAAGGACUUAGGAGAAAAGUCACCGACUUUAUGUCCAACAAAUGACAAAAAUUCAUGGGUCCAUGCUCUGAAGAACUGCGUCUCUAAAUCUGAGUUUGUACUAAAAGAACUGCCCCUGAAAUGCUUAGAUAAGGGAACUGAUGGAUAUGAUAGUUUAGACUUCUCAAAAAAGCUUAUAUUAUUAAAUUGUAUAUGUGAUGAAGUUCUUAGCACAGCGCAAGUUAGAAGCUGGAUUGAUGAUCAAAAUUUGAAAUUUGCUGAAAAGGUGAAGGAAGCAAAAGAGAGAGUGCUUGCCGCUAAAGAUAAGGAGAAACACUUGAAGCAGAAGCUGUUAGAUGAAGUAGCAAAAACUAUUACUGCAAAAAAUGGUGCUCCUCUUACAAUUUCUGAGCAUGAAGCUAUUUCUUCACAAAUUAAAACAGAAGCUGCUAAAGCUCAUGCUGAGAUGCUGGAGUCAAAAGGCAUGGUGCCUGAGAAGAAAUCAAGAUCUGAUGCUGUUAGAACAGAACCUAUUCUUUUGGGCAUUAAUGGUUGUACAUACUGGAGAUUAAAGGGCUAUUCUGAUAAUUCUGAUAUUUUGCUUCAAGAUAUGGGACAUUGGGAUGAAGUUCCAUUGGUUGAUAAAUGGUUUGCCUUUGAUGUUGAACAGAAAAAAACGAUUGAAAAGGACAUUUUUUCAUUAAGGGAAAGAAGGCUAAGGUAUCAAAAAGUUGCUGACAGAUUUCCAUCCAAGUAUAGUGAAACAAACGCAACAUGAUCAUAUAAUUGAUUAACCACCUCUGGCCCGUAUAAUUCAGGUGCUUUUUGUUGGAGGAUCAAAGAGGCUAGAAAAAUGAUGGGACCUUUGGCCUUCCAGAAUUUGCUUAGAAUGGGCUGUUUGGCUUGUAUGUUGUAUGUGUAUCUACUUGGAGCUUUGUUCAUGGUUCCCACGUCUUAAGGGGAACUUUAUAUUACUGGGUGCCCUACACUAGUAUGUAGUAUUUUUCCCUCCGAAUUGGACUCUUGGAAUGUGUAUGUUUUCUGCAGAUUAAAAUCCAAUUUAAACGUGAAGUUUUCUUUUCUUUUUGCUAUUGUAUUGUUUCCCUUAGAUCGGAAUACUGUGUGUUGAGAAAGACAAUAGCACGGUUAAAAUUUCAUACUUCCCUGUAAUUGUUUGUUUGAUACAAUUUGAACUUAACGUGUGUGUUAUGUGUA